ACCCUGGCACCCGAGCCCCGGAGAGGACACCGGGACAUUCUACCGGGACACCGGGCGAGGGACAGACUCUCGGAGGAAUAACGCGGAGGGAUACGUGGUGUUCGUCUCCACUUUCACUUUUUACGCACCGGUUUUUUUUCCUCCUCCUGACGCAGCAGCGGCGCAGGAAACUGACUUCUACCCAACAGCUGCACAAACACAUCCUCUCCUCCUCUUCUCUUCUCCUCCUCUCCUCCUUCCAUCAGCUUCUAUUCUGCACGUCUUCAUCUGCAACUUUCCGGUCCAGAGACACGUGGACGGAGUGUGUCCGCGGUGCGUCACGGAGGAGAAGUCGUGUCCAGCCCGACAGGUGCAGCUCCGACCUGCUGCUGCUUCCACAAGCUGGGGUUCACUCCACAGGACUCGUCUGCUGAUGAAGAUGCUGUAGAGGAAGCAGCUUCGUCUUCAUCAUCCCUGUCCACCACCACCACCCCCCCCCGCUCAGUUCCCCCCCGUGACAUGGCCUCCUCCCCCGAGCUGGACACCGACCAUCUACCGCUGCUCCAGCUGCCGGAGGUGGACUCCAGUAAGGCGUGCGAGAGGCCGAGCCCCCCGGCGUUCCUGCCCUCCGUGUACAGCCCCCCCCCGGGCAUGGACAACCACACCGUGUGCAUCCCCUCUCCGUACGCAGAGAGCGGCCACGAGUACGACCACGGACCCCUGACCUUCUACAGCCAGCCGGUGCUGAGCUACGGCAGAGCGCCCGGCCCCCCCGAGAGCCAGUCGUCCCUGUGCCCCCCCCUCAGCCCCUCGGCCUUCUGGCCCUCCCACGCUCACGCCACCGGGCCGUCGCUGACCCUGCGCUGCCCUCAGCCGCUGGGCUACGGCGAGCCGGGUCCACACGGCGCCUGGCUGGAGCCCAAGGGCCACGGCAUCAACUCCAGCAGCUCCAUCAUCAGCUGUAACAAGCUGCCGGGGACCAGGUUAGAGGGCGGAGCCAACUCCUCCUCCUGCUCGUCUGCGGGGGGGAAAGCCGACAUGCACUUCUGCGCCGUGUGCCACGACUACGCCUCGGGGUACCACUACGGAGUGUGGUCCUGCGAGGGCUGCAAGGCCUUCUUCAAGAGGAGCAUCCAGGGACACAACGACUACAUCUGUCCGGCCACCAACCAGUGCACUAUCGACAAGAACCGGCGUAAGAGCUGCCAGGCCUGCCGUCUACGGAAGUGCUACGAAGUGGGCAUGAUGAAAUGUGGUGUGAGACGUGAACGCUGCAGCUACCGGGGACCUCGCCAUCGCCGUGGCGGACCUCAGCCUCGGGAUCCCACGGGCCGGGCCCUGGUCCGGGUGGGGCUCGGCCCUCGAGCUCCGCGGCUCCUCCACAUGGAGACGCCUCUCGCCCCCUUCGCCCCCCCGCCCCAGGCGAGCCACGUGCACCACUCGGCCAUGAGCCCGGAGGAGUUCAUCUCCCGCAUCAUGGAGGCCGAGCCUCCGGAGAUCUACCUCAUGGAGGACAUGAAGAAGCCCUUCACCGAGGCCAGCAUGAUGAUGUCCCUCACCAACCUGGCAGACAAGGAGCUGGUGCUCAUGAUCAGCUGGGCCAAGAAGAUCCCUGGGUUCUUAGAGCUGAGUCUUGCAGAUCAGAUCCACCUGCUGAAGUGCUGCUGGCUGGAGAUCCUGAUGCUGGGCCUGAUGUGGAGGUCGGUGGAUCAUCCUGGAAAACUCAUCUUCUCUCCGGACUUCAAACUCAACAGGGAGGAGGGUCAGUGUGUGGAGGGCAUCAUGGAGAUCUUCGACAUGCUGCUGGGAGCCACGUCUCGGUUCCGGGAGCUGAAGCUUCAGAGGGAAGAGUACGUCUGCCUGAAGGCCAUGAUCCUCCUCAACUCCAAUCUGUGCACCAGUUCCCCUCAGACCUCCGAGGAGCUGGAGAGCAGGAGCAAGCUGCUGCGGCUGCUGGACUCGGUCAUCGACGCUCUGGUCUGGGCCAUUUCCAAACUGGGCCUGUCCACCCAGCAGAAGACCCUGCGCCUGGGACACCUCACCAUGCUGCUGUCACACAUCCGACACGUCAGUAACAAAGGCAUGGACCACCUCUCCAGCAUGAAGAGGAAGAACGUGGUGCUGGUGUACGACCUCCUCCUGGAGAUGUUGGACGCCAACACAUCCGGCGGCAGCAGCGGCAGCAGCAGCCAGAUGUCCUCCUCCCCGACCUCUGACCUUUACUCUGAGCAGCAGCAGUACCCUGCCCCCCCGUCUCACCUGCAGCCCGGCUCGGACCGGCCCGACCACGCCUCCGACCACCAGCCUCCGCACAGACCGUCCCACGACCUGGACCGACACCUGCAGGCGGCGCCGCUCCAGGCCACGCCUCCGCCUCACAGUCUGGGCGGGACCCACAUGGAGAGCCACGAUUACCUGCACCCGGACCAGUGGUCGCUGGACGCCGGGGACGCCGGCUCCUCCCCCCCCGUGGAUCCGGCCGACUGCCUCAUGUUCGACCACGUCCUGCUGGGAUCCUCGUUGGAGGGAUGACGGGACAGAACAGACUCUGAACUUUAGCAGCUCUCCGUCCCCCCAAAGAAACAAGAAAACACACAAAAACAUGAAAACACAAAGUGCUGUUGUGAGUUAAAGCUUCUUUCGUUUCUCUCGUCCAGAUGUUUUUAGUCCUUAAGAGAAAAAAGAAGAAGGUGUUUCUCGACCGAAUGUAUAUUUUGUGCGUGUUAGAUAUUUCCUGUGAACGUGCACUACAGCUAAAACCGCUGCCAGUCAGUUUCCCGCUCUUUUUUGAUAAACAGUAUUUGUAUCUCCUUUUUUCACCUCGGUGUCACAGAACCAGCCAUCGAACCCCCGGCACCGUGCACCGUGCACGCCGUGUCCACGAGGAGAGUGAGUCGUGUCUCCUCCUCCUUCACCACUUCUCUGUGUUUGGUGUUUGAAUCGGUGCCUGUUCAGGAUUUUUCUACUCUCUGUUGUGGCCUUUUAAAGAAAUGACUGUUAAAAAAAGCUUUUCCUGGCUGUACCUAAAAUGUAAAGUUGUAAACCUUAAAGCAACACUGUGUGACUUCUGAGCAACAGCGCCCCCUGCAGAGAGAAAACGACGUGGCGAGUGCAGCCCUGACGCUUGAUAUUACCCAUGAUCCUCUGCUUCCUGACCCACAAGAGCUGCAGCCGCAAAAAAAUCCACCAAAGUCUGUUUAGAAUCCUUCGUAUUUCAAAGUUUCCUGCUGAAUAUUGGAGAUAAUCUCUGGUUUUUAAUAACUUGAGGCUUUGUCGUGGAAUUUAACCAAUACUCAAGCACAAGUCAUCACAAUUGUUCUUUCUGAGAGUUUUAAUUCUACAUCUGCAGAUGGGCAUCACAGUACAAAUCACGGCAAAGAUUUCAUACAAUGAGCAAUGACAUACAGGAGACACAGCAGUUUUAAACCUUCACAAGCUCCUCCUGUGAGAGGAACACAUGUUAUCAAUUAACCACUUUGAUCUUAAGAAAUAGGUGAUCAGUAUCCUGUCUUCUACUCGGCCUUAAGCUCCUUGAGUGAACCAUCUGUUUUCAAGGAUCUGUUAUCAGUGUUUUACAACCCACUCACAUCCCCUUUCCUGUGAGGUCAUGGUUAGGUGACCCUGUAAGUGAGGAAGUCAUAUAACAUUAGUUGCUUGAGAAACACCCUGAUACCUAAGAGAAUCCAUUUGCUCAUCUUUCUAUACAUCAAAGUAGUUCCUUCCAUCAAUCAAUGCCCAAAUGUUAAAAUUCCCACCACAGCUUUUAAACUGAUCUCAGUUCAGCUUCACUCUUCACCUGCAGCUGAUUCUCGGUCACUUCUUCUCUCAGGAGAUGGAACCCGCUCAGCUCAGUUCCUCAGUGUUGCUUUAACAAACAGGAGUCGUGGUGUUCUUUGCUGUAGUUCAGGACUCUUCCUCAGUGAAGGAGACAGGAGGAGUGGGAGCGUCUGUCCUGCUCGUCCUGAUCGUCUUGGCUCUGUCGUCUUUGGCUUCUCGUCCUUCAGAGAUUUGUCUCCUCACGCAUGUGAAACCUCCUGUUUGUGUUUUGUUUGCUGUGGUUUUACUUUGGAUCGUUUUCCACGUUCAGCCAAACAAACUGAGAAGCUGUCAAAUGCUUUUUGGACAAACACUCGUGAGCGGUGCCACUUCUCUUCAGCUUUAGCUCCAGAUUGUCCACCGGAGACAGACAUGUGCACUCGUCCCUCUGUCCUGGUUGUGUUGUUGUACAUGCAUGAACCCACACAAAUGUUUCUCGUGACAGUUUGGACACAACACACACACACACACACACAAUCCAUUUCCUGGAUCUUGAUGUUUCUGGUUUCCUUUCUGUGUUUCUACUCCAGCGAUACAGUGAACAGACGCCAGCCAAUCAUGGCAAACACAGUUUAUUGUCAAUCAAUAACAACAAUCUAUACAUCCCAUAAAUAAGUGUUCACAAAAUAAAAUCAAACUUUACACACGUU